GCUUGUUUCUCCUUUUUCUCUCACAUUCUAUUCCGUUUUCUACUUGCUUUUAGUGCGUAAUCGAGUUAUUGCUUCGGAUUUUUUUGGUGUGUUGUGUUUUUGUAGCGUUUGAUCGCUGAUAUUGGUCUUUAUUUAGUCUGACAGUUUUCGUCGCCCUAGCUCCUCUGGAUUAUCAUUCUAAUUUGUAUCGCUGAAUGCUAUAGCUUUUGGCUUCUAGUUCACAACAGACUUGUUGAGUUGGAGAUUAUUGGUUAUCAGGCCAAAAUAAGUGAACUGAUUUCUUGUUCUGUUUGUUUAUUUCUUUUUUCCUGUGUUCUGAAAAAUCUGUGGUUGGCUGCUGUAGAAGGCAUAGAGAGAAAGUCAACUAUGAAUCAUGAAGAACUAUAGGAUGAACACAGAAUGAUAGGAUCCUUUAUUACUAGGGUGCUUGUGAUGAUUUUUGGCUAUGCUUAUCCUGCCUAUGAAUGCUACAAAACCGUUGAAAAGAAUAAGCCAGAAAUUGAACAACUUCGUUUUUGGUGCCAAUAUUGGAUAUUGGUGGCUGUCUUGACAGUAUGUGAGAGAAUUGGUGACGCUUUUAUAUCAUGGAUUCCAAUGUACAGUGAAGCUAAGUUGGCUUUUGUCAUAUAUCUGUGGUACCCUAAAACAAUGGGAACAACAUAUGUGUAUGAUUCCUUCUUUAGACCAUAUGUUGCAAAACACGAGACAGAAAUUGAUCGCAGCUUGUUGGAACUAAGGACCAGGGCUGGAGAUAUUGCUGUUUUAUACUGGCAAAGGGCUGCUAGCUAUGGACAGACUAGAAUAUAUGACAUUUUGCAGUACGUUGCUGCACAAUCAACACCAUCACCUCGCCCUGCACAGCAACGACAGGGUGCCAGAGUCCGUCAACCUGCAUCUUCUAAUCGCCAACCAGCUGCUGCAGCAGAACCUCAAACCGAGGAACCUCCAUCUCCUGCCUCUAGUACGUCCUCAAGCCAGCACCAGAAGGACGUGGUAGAGGAAUUAAGUUCUUCACAAGCGCCCAAAGCAGCUGCAGCCUCACCUGUUGCUGAUUUAAGUACUCAGAAGUCUAAUCCUUCGCCUGACAUGACCAGCCAAUCUGCUCCGGCAGAGGCAGAACCAAUGCAGACUGAAGCAACAGUUCCUUCAUCCAGUUCAGCCAAUGAAAAUGAGAACCCUCCUGCGAAAGAGACAGCAAUGGAAGAGAGCAUAAGAGCUACACGAGUGAGGCUGAGGAAAACUCGAUCAGGAAACCGUUAGGGUGUCAAUAUUUUCAAAUUCUAGCACGGUAGGCGGGCAAUGGUGGGCAUUGAAUUGUUGCGAAACCUUCAUGUAAAUCGGUCCUUAGAUUUCAUUCCAUUUGUUGCUUAUUUUUUGACUGUCUUGGCGUGGAAGGGGGUUAUUCGGUGGUAGCUUGCUGCCGCUUUUUAUGGACUUAGAAUCCGAAGGGAUAUUUCUGUCGGCUACUUUGUAUAGUUGGUAUUAACGGUUGAGUAGAUUAGUUUUUUUUUUUUUUUGGGGGGGGGUGUUUUAAUUUUCUUUCUUUGUUUGGCUUUUAAGAUUUACGUCGAGGGCAGGACAAGUGUUCAUGAAGGAGGUAACUUCUAUUUCCCUCUCAUUUUGACAUCGUGCGUCAAUUGUGUGAAGUGGGAGAAAAGUUGAACUGUUAAAAGCAGACAAAUCAAUGGGGUUAAUGAAGUCCUCCUUCGGAUUCUA